GGCGGGCGGCGCAUGCGCAGUACCCAAAGCCCGGGUUGGAGUCGCUUCCUCUUAACGCCGCCGCGAAGAGCAGAGCCGAGCAGAGCCGGGCGGCGGAAGAAGCGAAGGCAGUCCGAGCGAAGCAUUGCCUCGCGGUUCGGAACAGCUGAAAGUGGCUUUGCAGGCCAAGCGCCAUGAAGAACCAAGAGGGAGACAGCCCUUCCCAAAGGAACCUCUGCCCAACUCUGGAGGAUGGAGGCUUCACAGAAGGGACUGUGGGAGGCAGUGAGGGACUGUCCCCUUCGAAGCCUCCAGUGGAUGGAAGCCUUGAGAACCCGGUUGGUGAGAAACAGAGCAAAAAGGAGGAGGCACCCUUGGCCUGCGAUGUUUCGGAGGAGCUGAGCCGGCAACUGGAGGACAUCCUCAGCACGUACUGCAUGGACAGCCAGCAGGAGGAGAGCGGUCAGAGCGAGGUGGCUGAGGUGGAGGAGGCAGAGAAGGGCCGGAGCGAGUCCCCCAGGAAUGGGGAGCCGGAGCAGAUCAGCCCUGAGAUCAACGGGGAGAAAGAGGGGCCCCGGGGACACGGCGACGACAGUGGGGAGCGGGACCCCAAGCGCAGCCAGGAGAAGAGGAAAGCCAAGGGGCUCGGUAAGGAAAUCACACUCCUGAUGCAGACGCUCAACACUCUCAGCACUUCAGAGGAGAAGCUGGCAGCCCUCUGCAAGAAGUACGCUGAGCUGUUGGAAGAGCACCGAAACUCCCAGAAGCAGAUGAAGAUCCUGCAGAAGAAGCAGAGCCAGAUGGUGCAGGAGAAGGACCACUUGCGGAGCGAACACAGCAAGGCCAUCUUGGCCCGGAGCAAGUUGGAAAGUCUUUGCCGGGAGCUGCAGCGGCACAACCGUACCCUCAAGGAGGAGGGUGUCCAAAGAGCCCGCGAAGAGGAAGAGAAGCGGAAGGAGGUGACGUCCCACUUUCAAGUGACGCUUAAUGACAUCCAGCUGCAGAUGGAGCAGCACAAUGAAAGGAACUCCAAACUGCGGCAGGAGAACAUGGAGCUGGCAGAGAGGCUCAAGAAGCUCAUUGAGCAGUAUGAGCUGCGAGAGGAGCACAUUGACAAGGUCUUCAAGCACAAGGACCUGCAGCAGCAACUGGUGGAUGCCAAGCUGCAUCAGGCGCAGGAGAUGCUGAAGGAAGCCGAGGAGCGGCAUCAGCGGGAGAAGGACUUUCUGCUGAAAGAAGCAGUUGAGUCCCAACGGAUGUGCGAGUUGAUGAAGCAACAGGAGACGCACCUGAAGCAGCAGCUGGCCCUUUACACCGAGAAGUUCGAGGAGUUUCAGAACACACUUUCCAAAAGCAGUGAGGUGUUCACCACCUUCAAACAGGAAAUGGAAAAGAUGACGAAGAAGAUCAAGAAGCUGGAGAAAGAGACCACCAUGUACCGCUCCCGCUGGGAAAGCAGCAARAAGGCCCUGCUGGAAAUGGCUGAAGAGAAAACCCUGCGGGACAAAGAGCUAGAAGGCUUGCAGGCCAAGAUCCAGCGCCUGGAGAAGCUCUGCCGGGCCUUGCAGACAGAGCGCAAUGACCUGAACAAGAAGGUGCAGGACCUUUGCGCCCUGGCUUCUCCACCAGCCAACAUGGACGCCCAGCAAGGCGAAUCAGAAGAAGUGGCUGCACAGGGUCCGGACCCGUCCGGCGAGUGCCUUGUGGGACUCACCGAAAGCCCCGGAGAACCCAGCAUAGGAGCCUCCAAACCUGAAACCGAGUGAAGAAAAGGGCGGCGAGCAGGCCUCUGCAGAGACUGAUCCAUUCCGGGCCUCAAGGGAGGCGAGGAAGGGAGUCCGCCGGCAGGUUUCCCAGUUCAAUACCGAAGGCUCUUUCUCUCUCUUCUCUCCCUUUUACCCCACUCUUCUUCUUCUUCUUUUGUUUGGCUUCUUUUUGCAAAACUAUCUCAAGCUAUUCUCUGCGACACGGUCCACUGUUUGAUAGUGAUUCCAAAUGUAAACCGAUCCAAGGCACCGGAAACUGGGGGAUUAUGGGGAGGGGUCCGCAAUUCCCAGUUUCGCUCCACGCUAACUUUAUCCCCCUGUUCAAGCAAAAAGAGUGGAUUUUGCAGGGAACUCCGAGCAGAUAUUGUAGCUUUUCUUUUGUUGUCCCCCGUAAAAGAAAGCUACAACGUACGUUCUCCAGAGUUGUAGGGUUUUUGUUAUUUUUCCCCCUCCCCACAUACAAAAAAAAAGCAGGGUUUGUCUUCUGGAGAAUAAGACAGAUAUGAGAAAGAAGAGAUGGGAAGGUUGAAGUGUGCUGUCUUUUUGGGGGCCAUGUCCCCCUCUUCCAGGACUUUGUUUGCGACUUCCGGGAUCUUUCUCGAAACAUAGCCUUACGACUUUCACCCGUUGCCUCGAUGCUUUAUAUGCAGACACACGCACAAUGACGUGUAUGUAUUAAAUGGAACUUGAUCCAAAGGUUUUUUUUCCUUCCUUUUUUGCACAUGCCAAGGGGGGGAUUAUGUCUAGCUGCAAGAAUGGCAUGCAGACAGAUAUAUAUGGCCCUUUAUGAUGUAUUAGCCUCCCCUUUUUGGGAGCUCAGUCCUAAAUCUCUCGUAGGUUCGGAGAGAUGGAACCUUAAGCUCUCAGAACCAAGGAAACGGAGGAGUUUACAGGGCUUUAUGGGAAGGAUUUGGAUUCUGUUUCCUUACCUGUAAGCACUUUGGAGUCCAAAAAUCCUCGUCAGUGCAUUUCUACAUGGUGGAAUUAUUGUGGUUUGAUGCCACUUUAACUGCCUUAUCUCAGUGCUGUGGGGUCCCACGAUCCCACAGCGUUGGCGAUGAAUGUGGUUUGUACCUUUGCAUCCAAUAAGAACAAAAGCGGCGUCAAAACUGCAUUGAUGCUACAAUGUAGAUGCAUUUUUAGUUUGGGACUUUGCUCUGCUCAGGAGGCCUGGUUGAGGAUUGCAAUCCAGUCUUGCAUCCGAUUGCAAACCUCUCAGCUUUUUGUUUUUCCUUUCCAAACCUACCUUUUUGGGGUCAUUUUUAAGCCUCGAACCCUUUGCCUGGCUGGUCUUAUCCUUCUUCCGCUUUGCAUUCCAACCCAGUGAGUAAGGAAAGCUUUGGGAGGAGCAUCCCAUGGCAUUAAAGGGCUGCAUGGAGUGAGAAUUAAAUGAAUAAUGUUGUUGGACUGCAGCUCCCAGCAUGCCUCAGGCUUGCUUGGCUGAUGAGAGGUACAGUUCAGCAGCAUUUGUGAAGCUUUAGGGUUCCUAUCCCACCCCCUUUGGGCUUCAAAUAAGGCUUUGGGAUUUAUGUCACAGCCGCCAAUGCUGAGUUGAGAGGUGGGCCCCUCGGCUAUUUCUUUUGGGGCCCGCAUUCCUUUCCACUUUAAAGGGCCCCUUCCGGUUCCUGGCAAGACGGUCCCAUGGCAAGUGAAUGUACUUUCUCCGCCAAAGCGACCGCCUUGUGGCCAGGCCUUUUUUGCUUGCUUCCUUCCUUCCUCUUGGCUCUUCUUGGGACUUCUUUCUUCUUCCGACGCUGUGGUAUCAAUAGCCUAUAAUCACCAGAUCCGUUGUAUGUAUCUUUGUAUCCAAUAGAAAUGAACAUAAAACUUGAUGACAAGAAA